CCGAGCCGUUGCGUCCUCCAGCCCGAGGCGAGCCGGGGCGCGUGCUCUCGUGCUCUCCCAGCCCGGCCACGGGCUACAGCGGCGCAGAGUCGGCGGCGGCGGCGUCAGGAGGCUGCGGGCGCGCUCCUCCCCCUUCUGCCUUCCCUCCUGCUCCUCCUCCUGCUGCUCCUCGUCGUCGCCAGCUCGGCCCGAGCUGCGAGCGGCAAGAUGGCGGCGCCCAGGCCGCCGCCCGGCAGGCUGUCCGGCGUCAUGGUGCCCGCGCCCAUCCAGGACCUGGAGGCUCUCCGUGCGCUGACGGCGCUCUUCAAAGAGCAGCGGAAUCGAGAAACAGCACCCAGGACUAUUUUCCAAAGAGUCCUGGAUAUCUUAAAGAAAUCUUCUCAUGCCGUUGAGCUGGCCUGCAGAGACCCAUCCCAAGUGGAACAUCUGGCUUCCAGUCUGCAGUUGAUAACGGAGUGCUUCCGGUGUCUCCGGAAUGCUUGUAUUGAGUGUUCUGUGAACCAAAAUUCAAUCAGGAACUUGGAUACAAUUGGUGUUGCUGUCGAUUUGAUUCUUCUUUUUCGUGAACUUCGAGGGGAACAGGAAUCCCUGUUGACAGCUUUUCGCUGUGGUCUGCAGUUUUUAGGCAAUAUUGCCUCACGGAAUGAAGAUUCCCAGUCUAUUGUUUGGAUGCAUGCUUUCCCAGAACUCUUUUUGUCUUGCUUAAAUCAUCCAGACAAAAAAAUUGUUGCCUACUCAUCAAUGAUUUUGUUCACAUCCCUUAAUUCUGAAAGAAUGAAGGAGCUGGAAGAAAACCUCAAUAUUGCGAUUGAUGUCAUAGAAGCUCACCAGAAGCAGCCUGAAUCGGAAUGGCCGUUCUUGAUUAUUACAGACCAUUUUCUGAAAAGCCCGGAAUUGGUUAAAGUCAUGUAUGCCAAAAUGAGCAAUCAAGAAAGGGUUACGUUGUUAGACCUUAUGAUAGCCAAAAUAAUGGGUGAUGAGCCACUGAGCAAGGAUGAGAUCCCUGUGUUUUUGAGCCAUGCCGAGCUGAUUGCGAGCACUUUUGUGGAUCAGUGCAAGACUGUGCUGAAAUUGACCUCUGAGCAGCAUGCUGAGGAUGAGGAGGCGCUGACUACAAUUAGGCUUCUUGAUGUCCUUUGUGAAAUGACUGCUAAUACUGACCUGCUCGGCUAUCUACAGGUUUUUCCUGGCUUGCUGGAAAGAGUGAUUGAACUUUUACGAGUGAUUCAUGUAGCUGGCAGUGACACCAUAAACAUCUUCAGCACCUGUGCUUGCAUGAAAGCAGAAGGUGACAUCUCAAAUAUGGCUGAGGGCUUCAAGUCUCAUCUCAUUCGUCUGAUUGGAAAUCUGUGUUACAAGAAUAAAGAUAACCAAGACAAGCAAAUUGACAUCUAAGGACAAGGCAAGGGAUGCAAGAAUGAAUGAAAGCUGCUUCAUGCAGUUGAAGACCCCAGUGUCUAAUGAAAGAAUCAGACCAUCAAACAAGUAGCUGUUGUCUGUACUGUGGACUUAAUACAACCAGACUCAGUAAUCUGAUUGUCACUACCCUGGGAAGGAGCCAGUCACAGGCCUCGAGAAGCCAAGGAAUAUUAUGUCAAUUCAGCUCUCUCCACAGCAUAAAGAGAGAAGAAUCUUCUGCACCUCUCAGCAUUCUUGUUUGCUUUUGUUGUUACUCUGCCAAUGUAUUGGGCCAGAGGUGUGUCCUUUCUUUGGAGAGAAGCUUAAGUUUGCCAGGACCUUUCUGCUCCCACCUCUGUAAGGCCACUCUUGCCUAUACCAACCAUACUCCUUUUUUUCUCCUGGACUCCUGGUAGGGAGUAGAGAUUUUGCCCCCAGAAGACUCUUAAGUGGGUCAGACCAAUACAUGAAUCAAAUUAACUCCAAAAUCACUUUGACCUCAAGGCAGAAAAUUCAUUCCGUAUUAAGGGACUCCAGUGAAAGCCUAAAUUCACUGUAAUAAUAAAAUGCCCACAGGAGAUACUCUAUAUUUGAAUAUUAAUUCUAUCUCAUUAUCAAAUUCCCAGGGAGAUAAUAAAAUCCAAAGAUUACAUUUCAUUUUAAAUUAAAGUCCAAAGACAUUAAAGUCAAAUUCUCUGCCCAUGUGAGUUAAAAUUCAAAGAAAUUAAAGUGCAAAAUGUAUCCUCUGAAUUUCUUAUUCUGCUUAAUCCCAGCUGGAGGGGCUCUUAACUCCUGCAUGGGGUCAGGAUUCUUUUAACAGCUGCAGCCUGGGUUGGUGUCUUGGGGUUUCAUGAACCCCAAUACUAAAUCUCUGAUAUGCCUCACUUCUAAAAAAAAAAGCGUUAACAGGGUACAGGCUUAUCAUGCACUGGCUCCCCACACACACCAAAGUCAGGAAACAAGCCAAUUCCCAGUCUUCUGAUCGUUACCCGGAGCAAAAGUGUGUCCGUAGAAACCAGCACUUAGUGCUUGUUGUCAAGUAGCAGGAGCUCUGUGAUAGCUAUGGGAAAGCGGUGGAUGUAGAACAUCUUAGUUUCUGUUUCACCAGCAUUUCGGUUAGUCUGUGACAGUUAGUGGCCUAUGACAUUUGGGAGCAGUCUCCUCACUAAUUUCCUGGGUCCUGCUCUCCUUUGUGUGAGUAAUUCCAGGGAGCCAGAAGCAUGCUUCUCCCAGCACCCUCUCCUGGGUUUUGUAGGGCUCCAGUCACAGUUUCUGUUCUGGUAGCAACUAAAAUACCGAUCCCUCUUCUAAAAGUCAGCUUAGGAGCAGUUAGGACUAGCUACAUUUUCAGUUCCCUUUAGAUCUUUCUAUCCUGACUGUCUAGAUGAUUAUUUCCCACUUUAUAUCGGGGUAAUCUGUCCUUUAUGAUUUUAACUGUUGCUCUCCCCACCCCCAAGUAAACAAAAUUACUUUUCCUUAAUCUAAAUCUGCUGUUGCUUUCUUUUGUUUUCCCUUCAUCUACUGCUUCUGUUCUGGUAGUAAGACUGAACCACUUUUUUUUUUUUUUCUUUUUUCUGGUUGUACCGGGUCUUAGUUGAGGCAGGCGGGUUCCCUAGUUGCGGCUCGCGGGCUCCUUAGUUGCGGCUCCAGGCUCCUUAGUUGCGGCAUGCAUGUGGGAUCUAGUUCCCCGAGCAGGGGUGGAGCCCGGGCCCCUGCAUUGGGAGCGAGGAGCCUUAGCCAUUGCACCACCAGGCAGUCCUGAGACUGAACCACUUUUUCACACCAUUCUAACCCCUCUUUGUUUUCUAGAGACAGUGCUCCAAAGACCUUUCACAACUGCAGUAUGCCAUUCAGUUUAUAUUUCUACAUCAGAGUAAGAAGACAGUAUCCUUGUGUUUUUUCUGGUCUUGGGAAUCUCUCUAAAUUUUCUCUUAGGUAUGAUAUUUGCUGUAGGUUUCUGACACAAGCCAUUUACAAGUUAAAAUAGUUUUCUAGUUUUCUGAGAAUUAAAAAAAUAAUAGGUGCUAAGCAUUAUCUGAUGCUUUUUCUGUGAUAUUGAGAUAAUUCUUAGUACAUUAAUGAGGAUAAUUGCCUUGUAGAUUUUCUGAUCAGCAUUAAGAUGAUGAUGAAUUUUUAAGGUAUGUUUAAUUAAUCUAAUAUUAUUUCCAGGAAUUUUGGGUGGGGUUGUCUUGGGAAAUGGUGUAUGUUCAUAAAUAGGCCUGUUGUUUUUCUUAUACUGGUCUGUCUUAAUCCUGCUUUUAGAAUCAAGCCAUAACAGCCUCAUAAAAUGAAUUGGGAAGCUUUCCCUCGUUUUUUUUUUAUUGUUUUUGAAUAACUUACAUACAUAAUAGAUUACCUGUUCCUUAAAAAUUUGAUGGUACUUACUUGAACAGCUCUUUGGGUCUUUGACUAUUUUUGUCAGUGAGUCUUUGGUAUUUUCAUAUCUUUAAAUUAUUUGAAUUUAAAUAUUUAAAGUAUUGACUUUUUCAAGCUUUCUAUUUAUUGUGUCAGUUUUUCUCAGAAAAACUAGAUUUUCUAUUUUUUUCCAUAAAAUUCAUAAUAUUUUAUUAUUUUAUCUAUGUUUUCUAUAUCUAUUUCUCUCUUUUCAUUCUAUUCUUUUUAAAUAGAUAUCUCUCUUUUUUCCUUCAUCAGUCUUUCUGGAAUUUUUCCAUUCUAUUAAUGUUUACAGUGAGCCAGGUUUUGGUUUGGGUUCAUCUUUUCUGUGUGUUCUUCCUCUCUAAUUCACUGACUUUUGCCUGUCAGUCAAGAGGAACAAAGAUAAGAGUGAUAGCAGGCUUCUCUCCAGAAAUAAUGCAAAACAGGAAUCAAAAGAAUGACAUCUUUAAAAUACUAAAAGAAAACUAGAAUUAUAUAUCCAGACAAAAUAUCCUUCAAAAAUGAGGGCAAAAUAAAGACAUUUCCAGACAAACAAAAGUUGAGAGAAUUUGCUCUCAGCAGAACUGUGCUAUAAGAAAUGUUGAAGGGUGUUGUACCAGGUGAAGGAAAAUGGUACCAGCUGGAAACCUGAUUCUAUACAAAGAAAUCAAAAAUACUGGAAAAACUAAAUAUGUGAGUAAGAAUAAAAUGCCUUUAUCUUCAAUUUUUAAUUUGUAAAAAAUAUCAUCAGCUCUUUGAAACAAUCAUAAUAGCAAUGUAUUUGGAGGUUUAUAAUGUAUAUAGAAGUAAAACGUGUGAGAGCAGUUGCCCAAAUGUCAAGUGGUGUAUACAGUUGUAAGGUUCUUACAUUUAUGUGAAAUAGUAUAAUAUUAUUUGUAGAUAGACUAAAAAAGUUAAAGAUCCAUAUUCUAAACCCUAGAACAACCACUUUAAAAAAAAAAAAGGAAAGAGAGUUAGUUAAUAAGCCAAUAGUGGAGGGAAAAAGAUGGAAUAUUUAAAAAUACUCAGCCUAAAGGAAGUCAGGGUAAGAGGAAAAAGUACAUUUAGGAUAAAAAGAAAACAAAUGUCAGAAUGAUAUAGUUAAACACAACUAUAUUGAUAAGUACAUUAAAACUAAAUGGCUUAUAUAUUCCAAUUAAAAGACAGAGACUGUUAGACUGGAUUUUAAAAAAGCAAAACUCAGUUAUAUGAUAACUACAAGAAAUACACUUUGAAUAUAAAGAUGAAGAUAGGUUAAAAUGAAAGAAUGAAAAUGAUAUACCAUGCAAACACAUAAAAAAGGUGCAGUGGCUAUAUUAAUUUCAGACAAAAUAGACUUGAGAUAUACAGAGGGAUAUUUCAUAAUGAUUGAAGGAUCAGCUCAUCAAGAAGACAUAAAAACAUGAACAUACAUUGCAAAUAGUAGAACUUCAAGUACAUUAAGCAAAAACUGGCAGAACUGAAAGGAGAAAUAGAUCUAUAAUCAUAAUUGAAGAUUUCAGCACUCUUAGUAAAUUCUAGAACAAGGAGAAACUCAGGAGUAAUACAGAAACUUGAACACUGAUCAAUGAGCUUGACCAAUUAAAGUUUAUAGAGCCCUGCACCCAACAGCUGAAUACAUAUUCUUUACAGUACACAUGGAACAUUCACCAAGGCAGACCAUACACUGGACCAUAAAACAAAUCUCAGUAAAAUCAUGGUAAUGUUUUCUUAGGUCAGUCUCCCAAGACAAAAGAAAUAAAAGCAAAAAUAAACAAGUGAGACCUAAUCAAACAUAUAAACAUAUAAUCAAAUGUAUAAACGUUUCCUUUUGCAUAGCAAAGGAAACCAUAAACAAAAAGAAAAGACAA